AUGAAUAAGGAGGGAAAAGAGAGUUGGGAGCCGAGAGUGGGGUUCGGAGGUCACCGGAGGGAAGUGUGCGACGUGGCGUGGGAAGGAAAGGGAAGGUAUCUCCUGUCCACCGGCCUGGAUCAGACGACUCGCCUUCACGCUCCCUGGGUUCGAGAUUCGCACGCGCCGCGGAGGACGUGGCACGAGAUGGCGAGGCCGCAGAUUCACGGCUACGAUAUCUUCUGCAUCGCCUCGAUCUCCCCGACGACGUUCGUGACUGGGGCGGAGGAGAAACCGGCUCGGGCUUUCUCUGCCCCCCGCGACUUCCUCUUCAACUUCCGUCAUCUCUCCGGAGUGGAGCUCGUCGAGGAGAAAGAAGAUGCAUCGAAAGGAGCGCUCGGAGCAUCGGUCCCAGCCUUGGGUCUAUCGAACAAAGCAGUCUACUCGACGGACCUGGAGAAGGACCCCGACCGGAGCGGAUCCCGCAUGGACUCGUUCCCUCAAUAUCACUACCAACCCGUCAGCCUCACAGAACCACCCGUGGAGGAAGUUCUGUUGCAGAAUACGCUGUGGCCGGAAGUGCAGAAGCUCUACGGUCACCCGUACGAGAUUUUCGCAUUGGCCUCUUCGCACGAUGGCAAGAUUCUUGCAUCCGCCUUCCCAACCUCCUCACGCUCGAAUCCUUCUCUGGUUCGUCCUUUCUCUUACGCUCUGGUCGUGCCCACCGUCUCGUGCACGACCUCGAUGACGACGACGUCGCGUGCGGUCCUCAGGGAGACGGAGACGUGGUCGCAGGUGGAUGCCCUCGACGGACACGGACUCACCGUCACCCAGCUGGCGUUCUCCCCCUCGGACGAAUUCCUCCUCUCCGUCUCUCGGGAUCGGACCUGGGUUCUCUUCCGUCGAACGGGUACGAGAUCUCCGCUUUCCUCCUUUUCCUUCUUUACCGUUUCCGGAUCACGUGCCUCUGUCCGAUCCCCGAUAGAGACGGGGACGUACAGCCGCGCGAGAUCGAGGAAGGGGCAUUCUCGCAUCGUCUGGACUUGCGCAUGGACUCCGGACUCCUCUUACUUUCUGACGGGAUCCCGAGACCAGAGGGUCUCGGCCUGGCGAGCCCCGAGUCCAAGCGCCCCCGAAGAGGACGACGAGGACGAGGCGGUGGAGACGCUGCAAUUGGAGGCUCCCGUCACGGCCCUCGACGUGGCUCUCCGAAAGGGAACCCCCUAUCUCGUGGCCUUGGGCACCGAAACGGGUAAAAUCCACUUGGUUCUUCUUCGAGUCCCGGAGUCGGAGGAAUCGAAGUCGAAAUGCAGCUGGGAGAUGCUGAAAACCCUUCCGGCGCGACAAGGACACGGUUUAGCAGUGAAGAGAGUCCGGUGGCGACCGAUCCGAGAGGACUCCGACGCGGACGUGCUCCACCUGGCCACGUGCGGUUCCGAUCACGGAAUGAAGAUCCUCGUCGUCCGCUUCCGCUCGGCCCACGUACGCCCGAAUUAAACGGUGGAUCCAUUCCGAACCGAUGCCGGACGUUUUCUCUCGCUUCCCUCUGCAUCCGUGCACGACGGCGUGGGAGUCACAGAUUCCGUCGUGCGUUCGACGAGAGAAGACGCGACGCGAAAUCGUCCUCGGAUCCGAGUCGCGACGGAUCCCCGUCUCCGUCCGCACCCGACGAUAUCUCUCUUUUUCUUUCCCACCUGUUUCCCACCCGUCAUAAAGCGAUCACGAUCCG